AUGAGGCAGAAGGGAAGGCGGUCUGAUCAUCAUCAAAACACCCAGAAUAAAGAGACUACGAGGGAUGAAAGGCUCAGGAUUAUCACUCUGAGAGAGACAGGGAAGAGCUGGAGAGAGAUAGGGAGGAUAAUGGAGAUAGAUUUCAGGACCUGUCAAGGAAUCUUUAGACGAGCACAGGCAAAUGGAACUCCAAGCAACAGAGUAAGGCAAGGUAGACCACCUAUUUUUAAUGAGGCAGAAAAGGCGAGACUACGAGAGUUUGUUACAAGGGAUAAGAGAACAAGGCGUCUACCUUGGGAGGCAAUAAUUCAUGAGAUGGGAUAUGCAUGUUCUGUUAGAACUCUACGAGAUGUUAUGGCAUCUAUGGGCUACCAUAAACGUCUACCUCGUAAGAAAUGGGGUAUUAGAGCACCCAAUCUAAUCAAAAGGGUGCAAUGGUGUCAAGCUAGGCUACACUGGACCUACGAUGAUUGGUUUCGAACUAUUUGGACAGAUGAGUCUACUUUCAGCACAGCAGGCUUUGGCCAUCGACCUUGGGUUACACGUACAGCAGAGGAGGAGUAUCAUCCUGACUGCAUCGAUGAAACAUGGGAGUCAGGGAGAAAGAGCACGAUGAUAUGGGGUGCUUUCUGUGGAGAGAUAAAGUCAGAACUAGUUUUCACUCCCGCUGGCAUCACUAUCAAGUCACAAGUCUACAGAGAUUACAUUUUGGAUCCCCAUCUUGUACCAUUCUGGCAUCGUACCUGUGAAGAAUAUGGGUGGACACAGGUAGUGGAGGACAAUGCACCCGGCCAUAAGGGAGUGGCUAUUGCUUGCAGAGAAAUCAAUGAGGUAGAGAGUGUUGAAUGGCCCCCCCAGUCACCAGAUCUCAAUCUCAUCGAGGCUCUUUGGGCAGAUAUAGAAACUGAAUUGGGGGAAACUAUUGGGCUGAUACAAGAUAUCGAGGUUUUGAAAAUCAUGAUCAGGAAUGCUUGGGAUAAUAUCACUGUAGAUAGACUGGAUGGACUCAUUAGAAGCAUGCCCAGAAGACUAGAAGCAGUCAUUGCUGCUGGUGGGCAGGCUACUAAGUAUUAA